CUCUCUCUCUGGUCCGACUUUGUUCCAUCUCACUGUCUAUCUGUGUGUACACACAACAACGGUCACAUUUGAUUCAGAUCUAAGAAAGAACACUCACUCACUCACUCACUCUGUUUAUUAGUCGAUCCCAUUAUCUCUUCUUCAAUGGAUUCCAAGUGUUUUGUCUUUCUAAUCUUCAUCUUCAUCUCACUCUCCAAUGCUGCCGUUUCCGACCACUACCAUUUGAGGCAAUCCACCGGCGGCGGCGGCGCAUCCGUGGCAGUAGAGCUUUGGUGCGUGGCGAAGAACAACGCAGAGACCACCCCCCUCCAGACGGCCCUGGAUUGGGCGUGUGGUCAAGGCGGCGCCAAUUGUGGUCCAAUACAGUUGGGCGGACCUUGCUACGAUCCCGCCGACAUAACUCGGACAGCAUCUUAUGCUUUCAAUGAUUACUUCUUGAAACACGGAUUGACUGAGGAUAGUUGCAACUUUGACAACACUGCCGCUCUCACAUCUCUCAACCCGAGUCAUGGAAGUUGCAAAAUCCCAUCAAGCUCUACUGUGAAGAAUGGAAGCUCGGCGGCAGGGACAACGACAAUGACAAUGGGGGAUCUGAACAGUGGGAGUAGUAAUGAUGAUCUUGAUGUUAGAGCACAUCUGUACAGGGUCUUCUUGAUGUUUACCGUCUAUAUACUUGGCUUCAUUUUUAUGUACUAAUCUUCAAAUUUAUCUACUACUUUCUUUGCUGCACAUAUAGAGAUAUAUUAUUAGAUUAUGUGGGUAUCUAUCUAUCAUCAAUUUUGUAACAUUUCUUUCAAAUCAUAAUUAAUGGAUCUUUUCACUUAAUUGUCACUC